AUGUCCGGCUCCGAAAAGGGACCUACUAUCAAUCACGAUGAAGGCAUGGCUGAGAUACAGCCGAGCAAAACGGUUGACACCGUCCAUAAGGAUGAAGCCAUGAAGGUUCUAGCGGCUUAUCAAGGCGAUGAGAUGUGGACGGAUGAGGAGGAGAAGAAAUUGCGUCGCAAGAUUGAUUGGAGACUUAUGCCUGUUCUGUGUGCGACAUACAUGUUGCAGUAUUACGACAAGGCGAUGCUUUCUCAAGCGGCUUUGUUCGGAUUGAGACAAGACUUAGGUCUCCUUAGCGGAGAUCGAUACGCCAUGUCAGCCUCGAUCUUUUACCUUGGUUUCAUUGUGGGAGCCUAUCCGACCAUGAUGCUUGCCCAACGAUAUCCGAUCGAACGAGUUGCUUCUGGCAUUGUUACAAUCUGGGGUAUUUGUCUUAUCUUGACCGUGGUCUGUAAGGAUUACAAGACCCUCUAUACGCAGCGGUUCUUUCUUGGGUUCUUAGAAAGUGGCAUUAGCCCAAUGUUUAUGAUGAUCGUCGGGAGCUUCUACAAGAAGAAUGAGCAAGCUAUGCGAAUGGGUAUCUGGUACAGUUGUACUGGCUACGUCUCGAUCAUCUCCCCCCUCGUCAACUAUGGAUUCGGUCUCAUUAAUGGGGGUGUUUCUUCUUGGAAAUAUAUGUACUAUUUCGCCGGUUCUCUUACCAUUGUCUGGGGCAUCAUACUCGUCUUCGUCUUGCCUCCAGACCCAGUUCGAGCCAAGGGCUUCAACGAAAGGGAGCGAUACAUCAUCGUCGCUCGACUCAAGUCUAACAACUCUGGAGUUCGAAACACCCACCUGAAGGUGGCCCAGAUUUGGGAGCUUUUGCUGGAUACUAAAUUCUGGGUCGUUUUCGCUAUCGCCUUUUUGUCAAUGAUUGCAAAUGCACCCAUCUCUACAUUUGUUCCCAUCAUCAUCAACGGAUUUGGGUUCAGCACUCUUAACUCACUGCUGCUUAUGAUGCCCUGUGGUCUGUAUGCAGGAACUCUUCAACUGCUCAUGCCCUACCUUGCCUACCGAUACAAGAACGUCAGAACGUAUUUAAUCUUCGUUGCUCAGCUCGGCACAAUUCUGGCUUCUCUUCUUCUUUGGCUUCUUCCUCAAUCGGCGACAGGUGCCCUUCUCUUUGCGGUCUAUAUCCUUCCCUCUGUUGGUGGUGGAUAUGCUGUGCUUAUGGGUCUGCAAAUUGCCAAUACAGCAGGCUAUACAAAGCGUUCCAUCGCUUCUUCUGGCCUCUACAUCGGCUACUGCAUGGGUAAUUUCGUUGGGCCCCUGUGCUUCAAGAAGGAAGACGCGCCUCGAUACGUGCCAGGAUUUAUUGUUGUGGUUGUGACGGCUAUUGUGGCUGCCUUGCUAGCAAUUGCACAUCGUCUUAUGUGUAUGUGGACUAACAAGAAGCGCGACAAGGCUGGUAUCAUGGAGGGAUUUGAUCAUGCAUACGAAGAUGAUCUCACCGACAAGAAAAACAUGCAAUUCCGCUACAUUCUGUAA